GCCACAAGUGUUUGAUUCGCUGUCUGGCCGUGCAUGUUAAUGAGGAGAGGACAGCGGGCUGCUUUUAAAAGAGCUGCUGCCUGAGAGAGGGAGAGGGAGAGAGACCUAAACGACUGAUUGGAGCUUCAUCCAGGCGCCCAGGACGCACGGCCGGAGUUGCACAAUCAGCGCUCCAGAGAGACUCCAAGAAGCAGAACCGCCUCAGCAGCUCGUCAGCUCUGACAUCCAUCCGACAAACAAGUGGAUAUUACUCAUUAUUUGCACCUCGACAGCGUCUUUGUUGUUUGUUUUGUGCGUAUUUUCUCGUUUGGAGAGCUCGGAUUUUUAAGGAAAGCAUUUCUUUUUUUUUUCUUUUUUUUUUGAUAAACUUGUGAAGACAUGCAUCGGUGCACAGCGGUGCUGCUUCUGUUAGUGGUGGCCUUAUACUUCCUGAGUGCAGAAGCCUACAAGUGCAGGUGCACCAGAAAAGGACCAAAGAUCAGAUACAAGGAUGUUCAGAAGCUGGAGAUCAAACCCAAACACCCGUACUGCCAAGAGAAGAUGAUAUUCGUGACGAUGGAGAAUGUGGCUCGGUUCAAAGGGCAGGAGUACUGUCUUCAUCCCAAACUUCAGAGCACCAAGAAUCUGGUCAAGUGGUUCCGCAUCUGGAAGGACAAACACAGGGUGUACGAAGCCUAAAAACCUCGGCCGCCCUGCGCACAUGGAUCCAGCGAGACAAAACAAAAGAAGAUGACAAAAUCACCAGGACUGUUUUUUGCAAAGUACAAGAUGUAAUCUACAAUCAAACUGUACUUCUCCCUCUUCUGCCUGAGAUCUGUCGAGCACAUUAAGAGAUUUCUUUAGUUCGUAUAUAUAAGCUGGUGGGCUCGUCGCUCUAGUCACAGUCACUCACCACUCCGGUCUUUACAACUGUAGUUAUACUUGUCAAAUAGUGGACGAGACGCUGCCAUCCGUGUUCAACAGUUGUAGGUUUGUUCAGUUGUCACUUAACGGGGACUUCUCUUUUGUUUUGGCUUUUAGGCUUCUUUCAAAGUGAAGAAUGUGUAAGAAUGUUUCUAAACUCUUUGAAAAACACAGCGUGGGAGUUUCAGUUGUUAAGAUUUUCACCACCCUGUAUUCAGUAUGACAGGUAGGACGUUAGCACAAUGCCAUCGUUUAGGCUCUGGUAGAGGUUGUAGUCGAAACACAGUCUCAGUAAAUCUGAUUCUUUGUGUUUGUGGAGGAGACGCAGCGAGUGUGUGGUUACAUCUAACACAGAGGUCGCUGUUGUUCAGUCGGAUGGAGGAGAUUUACCACCGUGUGUGUGUUUACCACAAACAAACGUGUCAAACAAACACACAACUCUGCAGCACCUGUUUUGUAAAAUAUUAUCUAAUUAACCUGCAGGGUGUAGUUUCAGUAGAAUACAAGAGUACAGUAGCUCAUUUGUGCCAUUGCUAUAUACAGUACAGUCUGUGGAGUUAAAUGGAGUUAACGGGUAGGUUCACCCAAAAAAUGACAACAAGAAAUGUGAGGUUUCAUCGUCCUCCAAACAUUUCUGGAGCCUCACAGCAAAACAGCGUUGCAGCGUUCUGCUAAAGAACUGAAGAAAACAACCAAAAUGAUUCCACACAGCUCGUCAGCACACUUUUAUAACCAGUCACACACCUGCACGAGCACAACGCUGUGCCAAUUUGGAAACUCAACACUGAUUUGCUGUUAAGUUUCCAUCAGGUAACCACGUGAUGACAGAUUUCUCCUUUUUGGGUGAACUUAUCCUUUAAUUAAAACAUGAUUAUUAAACACACGUAGAAAGCAAGACGAGAAGUUUACAUCAACCAAGGACAUGUUGUCAUGUGUUUUCACAUGCACGAUUUUUAGCUCCACUUCUUGAAAUGAAGUAAAUGUGUAAUAAAGCAAUAUAACAUUCAAACUGCCUACAUAACCACUGUAGUGAACUUCAGAUCAUAGCAUUGUUUAAGGAUAAGGAUGGUGAUAUUUCAGUUUUUUGUGAAUGUAACCAACAUCCCCUAAAAAAUAUCCAAACCAGCGAUUAGUUGCUGAGUAUUUUAGUUCCUCUUGUGUCGCUGGCGCUCAGCCCGAAGGCCGUUAAUCCUUUCUGAAGAUGUAAAUGUUUGACAGAGUCUUUCAGUAAUAGUUUAGUAAAAGCAAAACUGAACUAAACAGAUCAUUUCCAGUUUAAAUUUUAAGACAUAAAGCAAGAGAGAAAAGGAAAUGGGCAUUUAUUUUUUAGCAAACGUCUCUCGAAACAGGAGUAUAUGAUGCAUUUGUGUGGAACUACUUUCAGCGGUGGAUGAACACACGUUUGGACAGUGAUGGUGGUUAUGUGUCUCUAAUAUCUGACAACAGUGGAGGAGUAAGAUGUGUUACGUAGACUCGUUUGUAGGAUCGAUUCAUUGUUUGUCUUAUUUUUGUUUGUUUGUUUAAAGAGGAACACAGAAUAUUAUCAAGCUUAUCCUUUUAAACAGGCUGUGUGUGGACUGUGUUAUUAUGUCGAAUUGGAUCAGCGCACCAGAUUUUAACAUUUUUAACAAGGGGACAAUGUGGCUGAAAUCACACAUCAACACACACUGAGUACAUUACAGCGUAUAUUGAGAUAAAUUGCAGACGUUUCACUGUUUCUGUCCUUCGCGGGCGUUGAUUCUCUUUUCUCUCCUGAACAAUACUGUCAGACGUGUUUUGUAUGCCGUGGAUACACUUUGUAACGAUGACUGUCGGGUGUUGUUUUGUUACCACCAAACAGAAUUCACUCACAAAUAUAUCUGCAUAUAUACGAAGAAGAAAAAAAAACACACCACCGUUUCUUUACCUUUUGAAGAAUGUGCAUUACUCUUGUUUUAUAUCUAUAAAUAUAUAUAAAGAAGCAUUUUGUAAAUGGACCAGUAUAGCCUAUAUGUUAGUGAGAAUGGAUUCACCUAGAAACUUUAUAGCGUCAUGUAUAUUGUAUUACUGCAUUAUAGUUGUUGUUUUUUUUUGUUUUGUUUUUUUGUUUUUUGCUAUUUAAAUCCUGGUUUGGUAACAGAUAUUGGGAGGGUGAGUGUUUGGACCGGCCCACCAAACACACAGUUAGACAUUCCAUUGACUGUAAAACAGUAAACACAGCAAUAAAGUGUCUAUAGAACAGCU